AUGAAGUUCCUCAGCAUUCUCUCCCUGGCCGUCACCCUCGCCGCCGCGGCCCCCGUCGAAGUCGUCGUCGACACCAGCCUCGUCCCCCUCGAGGCCCGCCAGUCCUCCUCCCGCAACGAGCUCGAGUCCGGCAGCAGCUCCGCCUGCCCCAAGGUCAUCUACAUCUUCGCCCGGGCCUCGACCGAGCCCGGCAACAUGGGCAUCAGCGCAGGCCCCAUCCUCGCCGACGCCCUCGAGUCCCGCUACGGCGCCUCCCAGGUCUGGGUCCAGGGCGUGGGCGGCCCCUACUCGGCCGACCUGGCCUCCAACUUCCUUCCCGAGGGCACCUCCACGGCGGCCAUCAACGAGGCGAAGCGGCUCUUCACGCUGGCGAACGCCAAGUGCCCGAACGCGGCCAUCGUGGCCGGCGGGUACAGCCAGGGCACGGCGGUGAUGUCGGCGUCCAUCUCGCAGCUCGGCGCGGCGAUCCAGAACCAGAUCAAGGGCGUCGUGCUGUUCGGGUACACCAAGAACCUGCAGAACCUCGGCCGCAUCCCCAACUUCCCCAGCAACAAGGUCGAGGUGUACUGCGACAUCGCGGACGCCGUCUGCUACGGGACGCUGUUCAUUCUGCCCGCGCACUUCUUGUACCAGACCGAUGCGGCUGUUGCGGCCCCGCGCUUCCUCGCUGCUCGCAUUGGCUAG